AUGAGAGUUGCUCUCCUAAUAACCACUUUUAUGAUGGUGGAAGCUGUUAGGAGAAAGGCUCCUACAUUUGAAGAGCCUGUUAUAAUUGUCGGGGGAGGACUUGCAGGUCUUACUGCUGCCUCUGAAGCCGUGAAAUUGGGAGCUAAAGUAAUUCUAGUCGAUUCUGAAAAAAAUCUGGGAGGAAAUUCUGCUAAGGCCAGCAGCGGGAUCAGUGCAACAGGAACUAGAACCCAAGAAAAAUUGGGAAUUCAAGAUUCCAGGGAUAGAUUCUUCUCGGACGUUUUGUCUGGUGGCGAUAGGGAAAACGAUGAAGGCCUUGUCGAUAUUUUGGUUGACGAUUCGGCUGAUGCUAUCGAUUUCUUGGAGGAAGCAGGAGUUGAUCUAGGUGAUGUAAAUUUGUGUGGAGGGCACUCUGUUCCAAGAGUUCAUUGGAUUCCGUCUCCAAAAGAAGGAAAGCCUACGCCUGUUGGUUUCGGAAUAAUAAAAGCUUUGAAAACCAAACUAGAAGAGUUCCAAAAGGAGAAUCCAGAGAAACUACAAAUACUCACGGACACAUCGUGCUUGGGUUUGACGUCUUGGAAUGAAUACAUUACUGGAAUUAAUGUUGUUGGAGGAGGAAAGAAAUGGGAAAUCACUGGUAAAGCUGUAAUCCUUGCUACCGGAGGAUUCAGUUCAGACAAGGAAACAGAUAGCAGUUUGUUAUUAGAAUUUGCCCCAGAGAAAAGCAACUUCCCAACCACAAAUGGACAUUUUGCCAGAGGAGACGGAAUUAAGAUGGCAAGAGCUAUGGGCGCACAAGUUAUUGGAAUGCAAAGAGUGCAAGUUCAUCCAACUGCUUUUGUUGAUCCUGCCGACCCUUCUGCUAAUACCAAGUUCUUAGCGGCUGAGGCCCUACGUGGACGAGGAGCUCUUUUGAUCAACUCCAAAGGUAAACGAUUCGCUAAUGAGCUAGGCAGACGAGACUACCUCACUCAACAUAUCUUGAAGGAAUGUCAAGUUAUUGAUCAAGAUUUCCAAGGAGGAUCAGCUAAUCGCUCUGCUGCUAUAAUGCUUCUCAAUGAUGCUGCGGCUGACAACUUCGGAAGACCAGCUUUCAACUUCUAUUACAAUAUCAAGAAAUUCUUUGUGAAAUAUGAGAAUGUUGCUGCUCUCGCAGAUGCAUUGAAGAUAAAAGUGGAAACCAUCAAGGACACCUUCACUACUUACAAUAGCUUCGUGACCGAAGGAUCCAAUAAGAAAAAAGAUGCUUUUGAAAAGAAAGUCUUCCCAAUUGCUUUCAAUGAGAACGAGUCUCUCUAUGCUGCUAUUAUAACUCCCGCUCUCCAUUACACCAUGGGCGGUUUGAAAAUUGACAAGCAGGCCCAAGUUCAUAAUGAAUUCAUGGCGAAACCAUUCAAGGGAUUGUAUGCUGCUGGUGAAGUAGCAGGAGGAGUUCAUGGUUCGAACAGAAUAGCCGGAAAUUCCUUAUUGGAAUGUGUUGUGUUCGGCAGAAUCGCUGGAAGAAACGCAGCUAGGGUCAAUUAUGGGCAUGAGGAGUUAUAA